UUUGUGGCACUGUACCCCUUAUUUCUUGCUGUAAUCGAUAGAUUAAAGGCUUUCUCAGCCUAUUCCGGUAUAAGUAAUAACAAAGAACACAACGCUACUCAGAUUUAACAUGAGAAUUCACCAAAUAUGACGGAAGUAAAGUGGAAAAUCGAACAUAACCUAUUUAGAUGUUGUCAUGCUGAAGGUUCUUUCAGGAACCUCGGAGCAACUUGGAUCGAUGACUGCGGGCAGGAAGAAGUCUACUCCUUAAUGCUGCGAAAUCAGUUAGGUCUUGUAUUAUCAAAAGUAGAAGGACUAAUGUCGGAUGUGACGUACACAAUAUGUGACGCAUGUAUCCACCGGCUGCGGGAAGCUGGUGACUUCAAGAGACAGGUGCUGGCGUGUGAACAGAAGUUCCAUGAUAUGUAUAUUAGGAAUAUGUUUACUGUUGGGGAGCCUUUUCAAAUUAAAGAAGAAAAAGAGGAAAGUUAUAUUACUAUAACAAUUGAUGAUGACGAGCCACAAGUACCUACAGACAAUAAACAACAUAGCAAUUAUAUUAGUGACAAUAGUGUUAAUAAUGAUGAUGACACCAUGGAUAAAGUUCAAAUUUCUGAUACUGAAGAGCAACCAACUGGUAACCAGAAACCAAAGGGAAAAAUAACGCGAGCAAUGAAGCUACAGAUGGACACGAGCAGACCUAAAGUUUCCCGAAAGAAGAAGAAGAAACACAGCAUAAAGCCACAAACAAAGAUGGAUGUGAAGAACAAAAAGAUUCCCAUAUUGUACUGUGAAGAAGACGACAGACAUCCAGGCACACGCCGCGACAAUGGUAAUGAACCGAGUGCGGAGAACGACAAAUACGCGUGCAAGAUUUGCGGCAAACAGCACACUCGUCUGAUGUCGCUUCACAUACACUUACACGCGGCGCACAAGAGACAACUCAAAAGCUCAGCUAAUCAGUUACAAAACAUCAAAUACUACAUCACUGACAACGGCUCGACGUUUAACUGCUCGAUCUGCCACAAGAAAGAUGAAAAAAGAAACGUCAUUAUAGAUCACUACCGAAUCCACUUUAAAGGUGUCUGCUUAGAAUGCGAGACCGACUUUGAGACAGGACCUAAGUAUAGGCAGCACUUGUUGGAACGGCACGGCAUAGACGAAUCGCACAAAUGUAGGGCCUGCGAUGCGACAUUCACAUGUAUUAUUGGUUUAAAAAAUCAUAUGAACUCAUUUCACAGGUUGGGGAGGAAAAAAAAGUGUGAUAAGUGCGAUUAUGAAACAUAUGGUACGAGUGCAUUUCGUUCACACAAAAUAAGCCAUAUGGAUGUUAAAAGGUAUUGUUGUCGGUUCUGUAAGAAGGCUUUUCAGCAUAAACGUGGUAUGAACUUGCAUGAAAACAUACACACUAAAGAGAACCUGAAAAUGUGUAAUGUGUGUAACACUGGAUUUGUUCAAAGAACUAGUCUGAAAUUUCAUAUGCAGAAGCAUCAUCCAAGUGUACUUUUUGUUUAGUUAUUUGGCAAUAAAGUGUUUUUUUUAUGAAUA